AUGGCUGUGUCCGACGACGACGUCGGACUGCCGGCGGGCCUCACACCGACGGCCGAAGGCAAGGUGAAGCGCCUUCUCGUGGUCGGAGAGUCCCGCGAUGCCAAGAGUACGAUCAUCAAUUUUCUGCGCAAGCCCGAGGCGGCGCAGCAGCAACGCGCCUCGAGCCACACGGACCGCCGACAGCCCCCUCCGCGGGCCACGAUGGAAAUCACGGAGUGCGUUGGCACAAGCAUUCCAUCGCCGCCACAUUCGGUCCGCUGCUACCGCCGGUGGCCCUGGCGCAAGAAGCGAGCCUCCAAGCCGCACGUCAGACGCAUUGACGCGGCGCUCCCUGACGACGAGCGACUUCGGGAGGUGCUUUCCGCAGCGACUCAGGAGGUGCUUUCCGCUGUCCACAGCCGGGCGUCGGUCAGUGAGGUAGCCAUGCGCGUCCAGAUGCUCAACGCCUGUCUCGGCGAGAUGCAACUGCCUGCGUCCAGGAGCCAGCCAGCGGCGGUGCCACGGCUCGCGAUGGAAAAACACGAGAUGAGAGCGCCCUCCACAGGCGCGGUCAGCGCUCCGGCAGAGCGCUACUGCCCUGAUCGCUCGCCCAUCCGCGCCUUCCUAAUCGACCUGGACGGAACCAUGUACGAACCAGCUGGGCUCCUCCCCGGCGCCGCCGCGUUCUACGCCUGGCUGGUCGCCUCGCGCACACCACACAUCUUCCUCUCCAACACCGGUGCCAAGAACUCGAGCGGCGUCCAGCGCAAGUUUCGCUCGCCGCCCUUUUCGCUCAGCGGGCCUGAGGUGCCUCUCUCGCACAUCCUGACGGCUGCAGAGACGCAGGUGGACUACCUGCUGAAGGAGGUGCCGCGGAACGCGCGCCUCUAUGUCCUCUCCGGCGGCAGCGGCACCUGGCGGUCGGACCUGCUCACACGCGGCGGCGCUGAGGGUGCGGCGCUGGUUGGGACGUGGGACGUGCGCACUACUCUGUCUGCUGGCGAGGCCAAGGCGUGGGCGGCGCACCAGGCGCUCUGCCGGCACGAGGCCUCAAAGGCGGUGUGGGUCGUGUUCUUUCACGACGGCGAGGUGGGCGGCCCCGGCUGCGACACCAGGGAGUGGAGCUUCGAAGUGAUCAAGAUCGCAGGGUUUCUGCUCUCUCACGGCGCACAGCUCGUCUACACGGCAGAUGACGCCUUCAACCCCUCCGUUGACCCGGAGCACCCCGGACUUGUCUUCCCUUUGCCUGGUCCCGGAAUGUUUGCGGCGAUGAUGCGGACGCUGAUGUACCCUGCUGGCAGCGAGUCGGUUGCGUGUGCGGGUAAGGGGGGCAACAAGGGGGGAGAGAUGAUGAUGGAGCGGGCGCGGCAGAUGCUCAUCGCGCAGGGCCACGACGGAGACCCCUCCACAAUCUGCAUGGUGGGCGACCGCUUCGACACCGACAUCCGCGCAGGCCGCUCCGCCGGAUUCCGCACGUGCCUCGCCCUGAGCGGCUGCCACAACCUCGAGUCCCAGCGCCACUACCCCUCGGACGUGGCCGACUUUUUUGUGGCGGGCGUCGGCGACCUGGUGCCAGAGGGGGCGCGGCGGGCCAGCCUGAGAGAGCAGAGCAGCUGGGUGGGAGCCUCAAAGUCGCGGCUGGGAAGCCAGCCCGCCGAGGAGCUGGUGGAGUGGACCCUCAUUCAGUCUGACCUGACCCGGUCGGGGCGCGGCGACGCUGCACGCGCCGAAUUGCAGUCGGUGCUGCGGCGGUGCUUCGACGCGAUCGACGUCAACGGCGACGGAACGGUGGACGAGACGGAGCUGGUGAGUGGGUUCGAGCAGGUCGGGCUGGGAAGGUUGGCGCUCGCCGCGGCGAGGAGUAGGGCGAGCGAUUACGGUGGCCGCCUCUCCUUCGACCAGUUUGCGAACGUCGUCGAGCAGGCAAUGCCCCACCUGAGCUCACGAGGCGCUGGCGAGGCACAACCGUGA